AGGACGUGGCGCAGCCCGUUGCCCUUCCCGGGACCAUGUCGAUCAGUUCACCGGCAGAGUGGAGAGGAGGUGGGUUGUGUGUGUCCAACGCGUGGAAGUGCUUCCACUGCAAGAACAUUAACAGUGAUGAGUGAUAUCGGGUUCAUUGCUGCUUGACGGUGUUGCCAAACUGCUGCAAAAUGUUUAGAAGCAAGUAAGGUCAAAAUGAAAGGAAUCUGCAAUUACUGGUCACAGAAGAGCAGAAAAUUAAUUUACGAUGAGCGAGGCGUGUUGUAAUGUGGGCUGGACAAGAGUUUUUGCUCAGCUGCUAGUCACUGCGGCCUACCGAUAAACUGUCCUCAUAUAGUGAACGUAAAUUAUUUUCUUGUGUUUUAAACUGUGGGUAGAAACACACGUUACGAAAGUUCUGCAGACAUUCAUAAGAGUAAGCGCGAAAACAGUUGCAACAGCAGUGAUAGGAAAGGUGAUGCUGAACAUUUCGGUGUGCUGAACGGUUGUGGCGAUGCCCCGGCCGAGCCGCGAGUCGUACGGGGACCAGAAGCCACCCUACUCCUACAUCUCGCUCACCGCCAUGGCCAUCUGGAGCUCGCCGGAGAAGAUGCUGCCCCUGUCAGACAUCUACCGCUUCAUCACGGAGCGUUUCCCUUACUACCGCCGCAACACGCAGCGCUGGCAAAACUCUCUGAGGCACAACCUCUCCUUCAACGACUGUUUCAUCAAGAUCCCGAGGCGGCCCGACCGCCCUGGAAAGGGCGCCUACUGGGCCCUGCAUCCUGCCGCCCUCGACAUGUUCGAGAACGGGAGUCUGCUCCGGAGACGGAAACGCUUCAAGUUGAUGAAGACGGAUAAAGACCGCCUUGAAAACGAGCUGGCGGCACUGGCCAACAUCAACCGCUUCAUGUUCGCGCCACCUCAGUCCGCUAUACAGGACACGACGGCCGUGGCCCCGCAGUUGGUGCACCAAAAUCCGGCUGCUACGCUCCCAGUGACGGGCUCCACUGUGGCUUCCUCCCAGGUGCAGAGGCCGAAGCGUUCCUUUACAAUAGAGAGCCUCAUUUCCCCGGACAAGCCCAGCGUCCAGGCCGAGGAAGAACAGGUUGCUGCCCCGGCUACCGCCGCGCCCGCGCCGCCGGUAGCAUUCCUGUACAAUCCCGUUGCGAUGACGACGCCAGCACCUUGCUACGGCGGCCUCGUACACCCUCCGUCAGCGUACGUGCACCCAUCCCUAGUAAUGGGGCUGGUUCACCCACACCCAGGGUUCUAUCCGCAGCAUCCGAUUGUAGCGGAACAUCCGGGAGCCGGUGUCUCCAGCGUGUUCAGGUUCAGUCCCACCUUGAGGUCCGUCUGACCCGUGACGGUGACCUCUGCGUGGGUCACACAGAAAACUUCGGCCGACGUGACCGAUGCUGGGGUCACCAAUAGCGGGGUACCAUGUGACUUGCGGACCUGGACUACAAUGCCCGGUGCAAGCAGGUGACCUGUGUGAGUGCCCCUCCCCCCCGAAAUAGAGCAAGAUUAAAUUAUUCGCCAAAACUAGGUAUUGUACGCUAUGCAAUUGUUAUAAUUUGUUAAAUAUUAGCCACAUGUUGGUUCGGUUGUACACAUCACAGCCUCAGACAGGGACAGUUUUUCUGCUAGCUGUGUACUCUUGUAGAUAGGCCUGAUUAGAAGAAUUACAGUUUUUUGGAUCCACUUUGACAAAAUUACGGACACUGUAAUUACAUUUCCAUCACGGCAAAUGUUUGUGUCACUGACUGUGUAUAUAGACUGUGCAGAAGUUGUGUAUGACAGUAGAAGUCGCUAAAUAAAUUGUGUCAAAUUAUCCAUGAAA